AUGUCAAUUCCCGAGACUCAAUGGGCGCAGGUGGCCGAGAAGGUCGGAGGCCCACUUGUGCUCAAGCAGAUUCCCGUCCCAAAGCCAGCCCCUGAUCAGAUCCUGGUCAAGAUCCGCUACUCAGGUGUUUGCCACACCGACUUCCACGCCAUGAUGGGCCACUGGCCACUCCCAGUCAAGAUGCCGCUGGUCGGCGGUCACGAGGGAGCAGGUGUCGUUGUAGCCAAGGGAGACCUUGUCAGCACAUUUGAGAUCGGUGACCAUGCUGGUAUCAAGUGGCUUAAUGGCUCUUGCUCGGAGUGCGAAUUCUGCAGACAGGCCGACACACCCUUGUGUGCUGAUGCGCAACUUUCCGGAUACACAGUUGAUGGUACUUUCCAGCAGUACGCUGUCGGGAAGGCUACACACGCUGCUAAGAUUCCAAAGGAAGUUCCCCUUGAUGCAGCUGCUCCUGUUCUGUGUGCUGGUAUUACGGUUUACAAGGGCCUGAAGGAGUCGGGUGUUCGUCCCGGCCAGACUGUUGCUAUUGUUGGUGCGGGUGGUGGUCUUGGAUCACUCGCUCAGCAAUAUGCGAAGGCUAUGGGCCUUCGAGUCGUUGCUAUUGACGGCGGUGAUGAGAAGAGAGUUAUGUGCGAAGAGCUAGGCACUGAGGCAUAUGUCGACUUCACAAAGUCCAAGGACCUCGUCGCUGAUGUCAAGGCAGCGACCCCGGAAGGCCUUGGUGCCCAUGCAGUCAUUCUAUUGGCAGUUUCUGAGAAGCCCUUCCAGCAAGCUUCGGAAUAUGUUCGGUCUCGUGGCACGAUUGUCGCAAUUGGACUGCCACCAGAUGCUUUCCUCAAGGCCCCUGUCUUCAAUAGUGUUGUUCGCAUGAUCACCAUUAAGGGAAGCUAUGUCGGUAACCAGCAAGAUGGCGUGGAAGCCCUCGACUUCUUCGCCCGGGGCUUGAUCAAGGCCCCAUUCAAGCUGGCCCCCUUGGAGGAUCUUCCCAAGAUCUUUGAGCUCAUGGAGCAAGGCAAGAUUGCCGGACGCUAUGUGUUGGAGCUACCUGAAUAG